GGAAAUAAUUUUUAUAGAAAAUUUUAGAUCUUGAUUAAAAUGGAUUGGGCACCCCCUUGAGAAUUCUCGAUAAAAUAAUUUUCCCAUUUUUUUUUUAAAUUAGGGUUUUAUUUUAGAGGUAAACUUACUAUAUAUAUUUUUCGUAGGUUUCCUGCAUGAGAUCUACAAGGAAAGAAAAUUUCAAUUCUAAAUGUUCAUUAUUAAGAAAGCUAGGAAUUUUUGAAAAUUAUGCAAUAUUUUACAUAUGCUUCCGUCAGAAUUAAUUAACUGUUAAAAGGUUUAUUAUCUUUGCUUGCUUCGUACAACGAUCUAAUUAAAUAUUACAAAUAUAGGUCGUGAAUCUGGCGCGACCAAGUAUGAUAAGAGAGUAUGCUACAUUUUGACAGAGAAAGCGAAAAAUAAUUUUUAUAGACUUGACCAAAAUCGACCUAACCCCUUAGCGAAUUCUUUAAUAGAUCUUUCUUUCAUUUUUAAAAAAUCGUGACUUCACUUUAGAGAAAAACUUUCUAUAUGUUUUUCGUAGAGUUGAGGGAGAUUUACAACAAAAAAAAGUUUGAAUCCAAAAUGUUCAUUAUUAAAAGAGCUACGAAUUUUUAAAGAUUAUGCAACAUUUUUGCUUCAGAAUUAAUUGUUACAAGGUUUCUCGUAAAGAAAUUUUCGACUCGCUUGUCUUAUCAUCUUGUCUUGUUUCGUACAGAGAUCUAAUUAAAUAUUACAAAUAUAAAUCGUGAAUCUGGAGCGAUCGAUAUACGAUAAGAGAUCAUGCUCGAAAUUAAUUUAGAACUUUCGAACUAUAACAAACAUACUACUUAAAAUGUAAUCGGCACGUUAAUUAACGCGAUAAGUUUAUUGACAUUAGUCUUGUUCAAUUUCGAUCGGUUUAAUCAAAGACUGUAUCUGACGCGAUAUAUGUGAUAAUUUUAUUCGUGGUUCAGCGUGUCAUUUGUUUCUAUAUAUAUAUGUACCUAAUGUAGAAGAACGUUGCAUUUGCUAAAUCUUUACUUUAUGAUCCCAUUGUCCCGGUAAAAAUAAAUCAUGAAAGUCCUAAAGUUUUUAUCUUCUCGAUCUGUAUGCACAGGAAGCAUUUUUCGAAACAGAUCAACCGAACAGACCAAUCCAGUAGCUAAAUCUACCACAGCUAAGCGAACGACUGUAGAUCUCGCAACGAUAGAGCAUCAUUCUAAAUUAAGUAGCAAAUGGUGGGACACCAACGGCGAAAUGCGUGCCUUGCAUGCAUUGAAUCCUCUCAGAGUGCAAUUUGUACGAGACGGUUUAGCGAAUACAGGAGUAACGGCUGAUACUCUGCAUCUACCUUUACAAGGGACUAAAAUCUUGGAUGUUGGUUGCGGAGGGGGAUUGUUGGCGGAGCCUCUAGCUAGGAUAGGAGCAGAGGUAACUGGAAUCGAUGCGUCUUCAGAGUUGAUAUCGACUGCAAAGCAACAUGCAACGUUAGACACCAGUUUAGAUGGAAGGUUGGAUUACAUCGAAACGACCAUCGAGGAUUUUUGUCAGGAUAAUAAGCAGAAAUACAAUGCUGUGGUAGCUUCAGAAGUUUUGGAGCACGUUAACGACAAGGAAUUAUUUCUAAAGUGUUGCGUAGAGACUCUGAAACCUGGUGGUUCGAUAUUUCUCACAACGUUGAACAAAACGUUGCCUUCUUGGUUCGGAGGCAUCAUCGCAGCCGAGCAUGUUUUAAAAUUGCUACCGACAGGCACUCACGAUUGGAAUAAAUUCAUAACUCCAGCUGAAAUUCAACGGUUACUCGAAACAUGUGGUUGUAAAACGAAGUUAAUUCAUGGGAUAUUCUAUAAUCCUUUGAAAAACGAAUGGUUCUGGGUAACAUCGACUGCGAUAAAUUAUGCAAUUCAUGCAGUCAAGAGAAAAGACGAGCAAUAAUUUACAUUAUUUAUACGAUGAUAUUAACACUGGAACUCGAUUAUUUUUAUUAAAAUUACUUUAUAAUGGUUGUUUUUUUUAUUUUGUAGAAAGUACUGUAAUAAAUAACGUAAGAAAUCUCUAUA